UGGAAUGGAGAGUGGCCUGUUAAAGGAAAAACAAACAGAAAAUACCAACGACUGCUCAAAGAAAUCAGAGAAUACAUACAAAAAACGGACAAACAUUUCAUGCUCAUGGUUAGAAAGAAUAAAUAUUGUGAAAAUGGCCAUACUGCCCAAAGCAAUUUAUAGAUUCAAGGCCAUUCCCAUUAAACAACCAUUGAAAUUCUUCACAGAAUUAGGGGAAGAAAACUAUUUUAAAAUUUAUAUGGAACAACAACAAAAAGAGCCUGAAUAGCUAAGACAAUCCCAAGCAAAAAGAACAAACUGAAGCCAUCCUGCUACCUGACUUCAAACUGUACUGCAAGGCUACAGUAUCCAAAACAGCAUGGUACUGGUACAAGAACAGACAUAUGGACCAAUGGAACAGAAUAGAGAACUCAGAAAUAAGACCACACACCUACAACUAUCUGAUCUUCAACAAACUUGACAAAAACUUGCAGUGAGGAAAGGACACCCUAUUGGAGAAAUGGUGCUGGAGUGCUGGUUAGCCAUAUGCAGAAAACUGAAACUGGACUUCUUCCUUAUACCAUAUACAAAAAUUAACUCAAGACUUAAAUGUAAAACCCCAAACUGUAAAAACGCUAGAAUAAAAUCUAGGCCAUGCCAUCCAGGACAUAGGCAUGAGCAAAGAUUUCAUAAUGAAAAUGCCAAAAGCAAUUGCAACAGAAGCAAAAAUUGACAAAUGAGAUCUCUGAUAUUCAGAGUCUACGAGGAACUUCAAUUUGUGAGAAAAAAACCACCAUUAAAUAGUGGACAAAGGAUAUGAACAGACACUUCACAAAAGAGACAUACGUGCAGUCAACAAAAAUAUGAAAAAAAAAAGCUCAACCUCACUGAUCAUUAAAGAAAUGCAAACAAAACCACAAUGAGAUACCAUCUUAUGCCAGUCAGAAAGGCCAUUAUUAAAAAGCCAAAAAACAACAUAUGCUGGCAAGGUUGCGGAGAAAAAGGAGUGCUUUUACACUGUUGGUGGGUGUGUAAAUUAGUUCCACCCUUUUGGAAGACAGUGUGUCAAAUCCUCAAAGACCUAGAGGUAGAAAUACCAUUUGACCCAGCAAUCCCAUCGCAUGGCAUAUACCCAAAGGAAUAGAAACCAUUGUCGUCUUAUAAAGAUACAUGCAUGCACACACGUUCAUUGCAGCGGUAUUCACAAUAGCAAAGACAUGGAAUCAACCUAAAUGGCCAUCAAUGAUAGAAGGGAUAAAGAAAAUAUAGUACACAGAGGGAGUGGGACAUCUGGCUUCCAAGCGGGAACCUUUGUAGCACCAUUGACGAAAGAGAGAAUUAAAUAUGGGUGAUGUUGAGAAAGGCGGGAAAAUUUUUCUUCAGAAGUGUGCCCAGUGCCACACCGUGGAAAAGGGAGGCAAGCGCAAGACUGGGCCUAAUCUCCAUGGUCUAUUCAGGCGCAAGGCAGGUCAGGCCAUUGGAUUUUCUUACACAGAUGCCAAUAAGAACAAAAGCAUCACCUGGGGAGAGGAUACACUGAUGGAGUAUUCGGAGAAUCCCGAGAAGUACAUCCCUGGAACAAAAAUGAUCUUCGACAGCAUUAAGAAGAAGGCAGAAAGGACAGACUUCAUAGCUUAUCUCAAAAAAUCUGCUAGUGAGUAGUCAUU